AUCAAACAUGAACGCUUGUGUGAGACAGCUAAAUGUGAGGCAUGCAAUAUGCAUUGCUCACACAAUAAACCUUAUUGUUCGCAAGUCCUUCGAUGAUGUGGAAGGACUAAAUGAAUUAAGGCAGAAAUGUAGGAGGUUGGUGACCCUCUUCCGCACAAGCACUACUGCGAAAGAGCGACUGGUCCAAGUGCAGGAGCAGAUGGGAAGGCAGCCCUACAAAAUGAUAAUAGAGGUAGACACGCGUUGGAACAGCACAUUCCUUAUGUUGCAGCGGCUGUAUGAGCUAAGAGAGCCAGUGGGGGCAGCCCUGGCCUCACUGAAAACAGACAUUACCCCCCUUACAGCAGCUGAGUAUGACUCUGUGAACAACACUCUGAGUGUACUCGCCCCAUUCCACCAAGCAACAGUUGAGGUUUCUGCUGAGAAGAGGGUAUCCUCCUCAAAAGUGAUACCUCUCAUGAAGAUGUUGCAUCAUGCAAUAACAAACAAGAUGCACACAAUGAAUGCAUCCACCAUUGCGAGGCAGCUGGGGGACAACCUUGUUCGACGUCUGAGGGACCACAUGAGUUCUUUGGAGUCAGCAGGUGGCCUGACAAUGCCAACUUUAUUGGAUCCAAGAUUUAAAAAAUUAGGAUUCGAAAAUGCAACCAGGAGACAAGAAGCAGUGAACCGGCUGAAAAAUGAGUGUGCAAAUGUAAUAAGGCAUGAAGCCUCAUCUGCCCCCCCAGACCAGCUGCAAAACACUCGCGUGGCUCAAUCUGGUGGCAAUAGUGAACUUUGGCGGCUGUUGGAUGACGCCAUAAACAGCAGCGGGAGCAGCUCAAGUGUGGUGGCAGAUGCCGUGAUUGAAGUGGAUCGUUACUUGGCAGAGAUGAAUAUUUCAAGGGAUGAGGAUCCACUCGUAUAUUGGCAUGGACAUAAAGCCAUGUAUCCACACCUUCACAAACUGGCAGUAACCUGGUUAUGUUCGCCAGCGUCUUCAGUGCCAUGUGAGAGGGUUUUUUCGAAGGCUGGAGAAGUGUUGUCUAAAAAAAGGAACCGCCUGAAUCCAAAAACAUUGGAAAAACUAGUGUUUUUGAAUAAAAAUACAAACUCUUGAAAUGUUGUCAUUGGUAUUUUAAUUAAGAACAGAGCUCCAUGUCUGUGUUGUUGUCCACAUACUUACACAUGAUCAUACUAUAGAAAUAUCCAUUGUUUAUUGUUUCUGCACACAUAAGUAAAUCAUACAUUUCAGCUCAAGUCGUGGUACAAUGGCAUUGACUGUAAUUUAAUUUGUCCAGCAGAUGGCAGU